UAUGGCUUCCAUGGAGAAAAGACUUCACAAAGAAUUACAAGCCUUGACCAAAGAUCCACCAGCUGGCGUACAACUGGAUGUAGACACAAUAAGCAGAAAUUUAUCUCUAUGGCUUGUAGACUUGGAAGGUGCUCCAGGGACGUUAUAUGAAGGGGAAAAAUUUCAGUUGCAGUUUAAAUUUGGACCUAGGUAUCCAUUUGAAUCACCUCAGGUUGUAUUUAUAGGCACCAACAUCCCAGUUCACCCUCAUGUGUAUAGUAAUGGCCAUAUAUGUUUGUCCAUCCUGACUGAGGACUGGUCUCCGGCCCUCUCCGUCCAGUCCGUCUGUCUCAGUAUUGUUAGCAUGCUGUCCAGUUGUAAAGAAAAAAAAAGACCACCAGACAAUGCUUUUUAUGUGAAAACAUGCAGCAAGAAUCCCAAGAAAACAAGAUGGUGGUAUCAUGAUGAUUCUGUGUGACAGAGAAGGGGAAUAAAGAAACUUGUUUCCUGAUGACCAAAUAAGCUGUGAUGUCAUUCUUUAACUCUGUGUGUGUGUGUGUGUUGUGGUAUUUUGUGUGUGAUUGAGUGGAUAGUGUGAAAGUUCAGGUGACAAUACAAGAAUACAAUGGAUUCUCAAGAUCCAGUGGAAUAAUUGGUGCAGAUUUUAGUUACUGGUAUGUUACAUUUUUAGAUAGGUGUGAGACUUUUUUUUUCUUUUUUUUUCUGUCUUUUUUUUUUCCCAUUGUUUUAAAAAUAUACAAAUCUACACUGAAAGUGAUAAUUUUUCCUUUGUUGCUUGUUAUGUUUUUCAUUUGCCCUAGAUUUCCUGAAUGCUAAUCCGUGUGAUGAGCCAUUGUACUUCAGCUAGUUCCUUGUUUUACAAGGAAUUAACUGACCAUUUUCCUUGUUUUACAAGGAAAUAACUGACCAUUUUAUAAUUUGCUGGGGGGUGGCAGAGUUCUACAGAUGUGAAUAAAAUCUGAGAACUUAGUUUUCUCCAUAUACUGAUGGCACAUCUCAAACAUGACACAUCUGUGCAGUAUAAAUACAAAAAAUAUUUCAUGUUGUUACUAGACACAGACAAUUUUUAUCUACCAAUUUUGCUGACAUCAUUACUUCCUGCCACCUGUGUUACUUAAAUUUUUUUUACAGAUGUUUCCCCACAUACAUAUACCUGUGUAAUGAUGUACUUAUAUUCAUCAGUGUUGGUGUUAUUUAUAAAGCAAUAUGUUACAUAACAAAAAAGGUAAGCAUUUUGACUGUGCCAUCCAUUAAUAUGUAAACUAUUUUGAAAACACUUGGUGAUAUGCUGCUAAGGUGCAUUGCAAAUGGACAGUUUUUUUUUUUCCUUUUUAGUAUGCAUAUAAAAGGUUCACUUCUAUAACAAAAACGUAGUUGGGGGCUUUAAAUAUGAAGCUCUGUGUCGAUAAAUUCUGAAAAUUUCACACAUUCCUUGCCACUCAGAUGAGGACUUGAUGUCGGGGGGCAGCGUUGCAUUUAUAGAUGGGCCUCACCCCAGAAUGAAAAGGUCAGAUGGAUUAACGGUGCUUACAAGUAACAGUGCUAUGGUAUGUCACCAUAUUUUAAAAGGGCUAGUUCUUUGUUUUUCAUUUCCCUCGCAAAAGAAGUUUAUUCACACAGUCAUAACUUUAUGUUCAUUUGUCACUAGUAUGUCUGCCCUCCUGGGGGGAGUAGUAGUGUGUUGAACUGGGUUUAUACGCUUUGUCAGUGGUACCUAUUUUGGUCUACCCUAAUUCCUCAACCAUUUUGCAUUUGAAAGAGCAACUUUCAGUGCUAUUUAAUAUGCACAUUUUUAGUAUACAUAACUACAUUGGUAGGGUUGGCCAAUUUCAGGGCUUUACCAAAGUAUAAUUUUAUCAGUCUAAUGCCUCCAAAAUAUGCUUGAAUAAACACCUUGCAAACAUGCAAAACGGUUGACCGAUUACAGUAGUCUAAGCAACUUUUCAAUUCCACGUGUUCCCUGGAAUUGGCUGUAAUUGAUUGUUUUCGGUUGAUACAUUUUAACCAACUAGUGUUUCACUAACAUACCAAGACUGCGGAGAUAUAUACAUUUCUCAGUUUUAUUUGUGAACAUUCCAGACCUCGGCAAUAGUGAGACCUUGUUAUACUUUAACACUAGUCAGAGAGGAAAGAUAAUGUCAGAGAUUUUAGAAAUAAUAUUGCUUGACAUUCGUUAAGGGUGUUUUAUACAUUGGUUUUUGCUCUUCGAAAAUAUUCCGUUUGAAGCGCACAGAAAAUGUAGAAAUAUGAUAUUGGUAGUAACAGUGCAAGAAAGAUUAGAUUUGUCACCUUGCUUUAUUGCAGUAAAACAUUUGUGAUAACAAAUUUAGUUUAUGUUUGAUAAGGGUGGUUUGCUGAGUGAAAGAUGCUGCUUCGGCACAUAAUGCAUGUUUAUUUGAGAGGGGUUUAUUUGUUCAUGCUCAAGUCUGUAUAUAUUGACAGAUGCUGGAAAAAAUGUCAUGACAAGCUCUGGGCGUCCAGAGCAAGUUUUUCUCACUUUUAGAGUGUUAUACUGUUACUUGUAUAUGCAAUUUCUUGAUUUACAUUAUUGCGCCUUGUUGACAUUGUUAAUGGUGGAUAACACAUAUUAUAGGGACCUCACUCUUAGCGUAAAGAAACCCACAGGAUAUCACAUGAGCAUACAGUACUGGCCUUAGGUUUAGACAAACCGCUUUUCCCUUAUUAAUUUUUCCCCUUUCAUGAAAGUCUAUAUCUUACUUAAAUCAUUAUUAAGGCAUUGUUGCACUUCACUCUGUUCACCCCACAUGGAGUAUAGGCUUACUCUCUGUGGUGAAUUUGCUUUCUCUUGACAUUCAUUCAGUACAUCAUUACUUAUAAAGCAUGUUUAAAAUUUCCUUAUUGCUGAAGUUUCCAGUCUGAUACAUGUAUGUACUUGCGGCCUGUCAACAUUUACUGAAUAAAAUUGCCAACCUUUGUGUUGAGUAUCGGCCUGUAUUAUUUAUUGGAAACUUCUAGGACAGAACUGGUUUUAUCAACUGGUGGAAGUUAUAAACUCAUCUUGGUGCUCUUAGUUGAAAAGGUACUAAACAUGUAAAGAGAAAGUGUGCUAUAUCAAGAUCUGUGAAAUGUUUAAUGUCCACAUAAAUUGAAGUGGCUAUAUUGUCCAUGCAUUGUCCUCAUUUGUAUAUAGAGUGGACAAGUGUAAUUUAUUGUAAAUAAACAUUGAUUCUCCUUU